ACAAAUGGUAGAGUUUGGAUUGGGUUGAUAAGGAGGUCACCGGUUCUUCUGGUAUCUUUCAAUGGAGCCUUACCUUCACUCUCAGAACGCCCCAAUCUUCCCCUGCUCCCCAACUUCCUUAACCUCCACUGUCAUUUCAAUGGCUUCCAUAAGGAGCUCCACUCCUUCUUUCAUCUCUUCUUCCCACUCACGCUCACUUAAGCGGAGUUCCGGCCAGUCCUCCGACGCCCUACAGAGAGAUCCGAAGAAGGGUCUGUCUCGGAUUCUGAGGAAAGACGCUGCUAUUAAAGCUAUAGAGAGGAAAGCCAACUCCAAGAAGUACAAUAAUCUUUGGCCCAAAGCUGUUUUGGAAGCUCUCGAUGAGGCUAUUCAGGAGAAUCUCUGGGAAACUGCUCUUAAGAAGGACCAUCUGAAGAGGUUCUCAUUCAAGGGGGUUAUCACAAAAUCUUUUAAGAUUUUUGGAUUACUUCGCCAGCAACAAUGGUAUGAACCAAGAUGCCAAACAUACACAAAAUUGUUGAUGCUUCUUAGUAAGUGCAGGCAACCCGAGCAAGCAAGCUUGCUCUUUCAGAUCAUGUUUUCUGAGGGGUUGAAACCCUCUAUUGAUGUUUAUACUGCUCUUGUUAGUGCUUAUGGUCAAAGUGGCCUCCUUCACAAGGCCAUUUCAACAGUAGUUGAAAUGAAAUCGGUUUCUGACUGCAAGCCAGAUGUACGUACAUAUUCAAUUCUCAUUGAUUGUUGCACAAGACACCGUCGUUUUGAUCUUCUGAAGGAGAUAUUUGCUGAUAUGUCCUAUCUGGGGAUUACAUGUAAUACGGUCACUUACAAUACUAUUAUUAAUGGAUUUGGAAAGGCUAAAAUGUUUGAGCAAAUGGAAAGCUUGCUACUUGAAAUGAUUGAAAGUGAUAGCUGCCCUCCAGAUUUGAUUACAUUCAAUACUUUUAUCAGAGCUUACGGAAAUAGUGAGCAGAUUGAGAAGAUGGAGAAGUGGUAUAAUGAAUUUCAGCUGAUGGGAAUCGAGCCAGACAUUUGGACAUACAAUACUAUGAUCACAUCAUAUGGGAAAGCUGGAAUGUAUGACAAAAUGGUGUCUGUUUUGAAUUUCAUGGAAAAGCGCUUUUUCUCUCCAACAAUUGUUACUAUGAAUACAAUCAUUGAUGUGUUUGGAAGAGCUGGAAAUAUUGAGGAGAUGGAAGAAUACUUCAAAAAAAUGAAAUUUCAGGGAAUGAAGCCCAACUCUGUGACUUUCUGUUCCCUUGUUAAUGCUUAUGGUAAAUCUGGUAAUAUUGAGAAAGUUGAUUCGAUUUUGAGGCAAAUUGAAAAUUCUGAUGUGGUACCAGAUACCCCUCUUUUUAACUGCCUAAUCAAUGUGUAUGGCCAGGCUGGUGAUGUGAGAAAGAUGGGAGAUUUGUUCUUGGAAAUGAAGGAGAAUAAAUGUGAGCCUGAUGGCAUUACAUUUGCUACAAUGAUUCGUGCCUUAAAAGCUCAAGGCAUGACCGAGGCUGCUCAAAGAUUGGAGAAUAAGUUGAUUGUCGGUAGAGACGACGAGUGAAACUUGGCUUGACAAGGAUGCUUAAACACUUCCCUCGUGUGGAAGAAUGAAUAUUCACAAUGCUGCCACUGGGAGCAUGGUUUUUCAAGGGAUCUCUGUCUUCAUUAGUGCAAGCCAUUCUUCUCAAUUCUUCAGGCUCAUUUUGGAUCCCGUCUUUAAAAAAUUAUGUCUCGUGAUGGGGCAAUGAAUAUCUUUCACUACAAGUAAAGCUUCUUGGUGGUCUUGGUUCUGAAUGAUCCAUAUGUUAACAUUAUUGUAUUUGACAGAAGAGAAUGUGCUGUUGACCAAUGUCCCCACCCCCCAUAAGCUUAAUGGGACUACUGUUCCUUCUCAAGGCAACCAACCCUUGGGAAAAAACCCUCCUCUAUGGUCUUUUCAGAGCUAAUCUGAAUAUCACAAUUGAUUUGUGCUACAGGAGCUCUAGCUCUCUAGCAUAUGGCUUGCUAUGCUUGGAAUUGGACUACAGCUCGACUCGAGAUGCUUCUCAUACUGUUAUACCGUGGCCUGUCACACUAUCACAAUCUUCUUGUAUCUUUCAUUGUGAGUGUUAUACAGUAGCCAAUUGCCCUAUAGCAUAAUCUUCUGGUAUCUUUCACUGUGAUCCAGGUUGUGCUUGCCUAAAACUUGUCCAUCGACAUUCUUGCAACUACAUUCCCUACUUUAUUUAUAGCUGCCUAUAGAAGAUGGAGAGAUCUAUGUUCUGAGGGAAAUCUAGCAUUUAUUAGUCUUCUCCUUAAAUGAAAGAAUCCAUUGUUUGCUUUUGUCAGCUUUCAAAUACCAGACUGAUGGCUCUUACCAUAGUGACAUAUUUUACAUGUUAGUUGCAUUUUGUGUCUUCUAAUUAGAUAUACGGCUCGAUAAGAUUCUUUGUAGGAUGGAGUUGGAGAAUACAUUAUCUUCUAACCCCAAUACUUACUUUCGAAGACGGCACAUAAAUUUUCUCCCAGAAAGCAUGGAUCCUCUCAUCUGAGAAAUUUCUGUACUUGUUUCGUUUUUUUCCCCUCCAACUCUUCUAUGUAGUCUAAGAUGGGCAUAUUUUUCAACAAUGCCUCUUGUUAGAUAUAUUCUUUAACAACUUUUGGACGCACAAGGAAUUUUGUUUUAGAGUUACCUACUUAUCUAUUACACUUGAUUUUAUCAAUUUGAGAAGACUUUGAACAGCCAAUAUGAGCAUAUAGCUCAACUCUAUCUAAACAUUGAGCCUUAUUUUAUGCAUAUCCUAUCACAGAAGUUUGCA